CGUGGUUUGUAUUAAUGGUACAGUCUCUCGACGUCCUGCGCGGGAGCGGAAAACGUGCAUCAGACUGUGCGGAAAAGCAUCGUUGUGUUUUGUAUGUGAAAAUUAGUGCUACAUCAACCCCGCAUCACAAAGUAUUUCAGCUUGCUCAUACGAUCAGCAUGGCAAGAGAUUGGAAACCCGGUGAUCUGAUCUUCGCCAAGAUGAAGGGAUACCCCCACUGGCCUGCAAGAAUUGACGAAGUCCCAGAUGGUGCGGUGAAACCAUCCAACAUCAAGUUUCCCAUCUUCUUUUUCGGCACCCAUGAAACAGCAUUUCUCGGUCCAAAGGAUAUCUUUCCAUACCUGCCCAACAAAGAGAAGUACGCCAAACCCAACAAGAGGAAAGGCUUCAAUGAAGGAUUGUGGGAGAUUGAGAAUAACCCAAAGGUUGAGCUCACUGCACCCAAGCCAGUUCCUCCAGAAUCUUUCAGCGCUGAAAAGGACUCAGACAGCAGUCCAGAAGGAGAAGACGACGCAGAGGACAAGGAUGUAAAAUCCAAAGUCCCAGGAAGUGAGGCUGAGAAUGAGGAGGAGGAGGAUGAUGAGCAGGAGCAGGAGGAGGAAAGGUCUCUGAUGUCUGAGCAGGGUCCUCAGAACCAGGAUGGUUCUGUUCAGAAAGAGUCCAUGGAUGGUUCCAAACCAAAGAGAGGAAGAAAGAAAAAGGGUGAGGGUGACAUGGAAACUGAAAAAGAUGAUGCUCCUGCCAGUCCUGCUAGUCCCUCAGGCGGAGACGCUCCAAAACGAAGAGGAAGAAAACCCAAAAGUGACAAGCUGCUUUUGCUCCAGGAAAACCAGGGCUCAGGAAGUGAAAUGGAAUCUGCUGAUUCAGACAGAAAAAGAAAGAGGGCGGCGGAGGAUAAAUCAAAGAGUGGCGAGGACGAGAAGAAAAAGAAGAAGGAUGACGGUAAAGGAGCAGACGCAGAGGCCAAGGAGCCUGACGCAAAGAAGAAGAAACAGUCUAAAGACGACAGCUGCUCUGGCUCCGACGAUGAAGAGAAAAACAAAGGCAAAAAGAAACAGCAAAACACAGAAGCGGACAAAGAUGUGAAGAGGCGGAAAGCAGAUGAAUCGAGAGAAACAAAUAAAGACGAUGGAAAGAAAAAUGAUGAGAAGACAGGAGUGAAGAAAAAGGAAAUGUCAACUGACUUGAAGCUGCAGAGGCUGCACAGCGAAAUUAAGAUUUCACUGAAAAUUGACAACCCUGAUGUAAAGAAGUGCUUGGAUGCGUUGGAUGAAAUCGGCGCCCUGCAGGUCACGACCCAACAUCUGCAGAAACACAGUGAACUCAUCGCCACACUCAAAAAGAUCCGCAGAUUCAAGGCCAGCCAGGACAUCAUGGAUAAGGCCACCAUGUUAUACAACAAAUUCAAGAGCAUGUUCCUGGUGGGAGAAGGUGACUGUGUGCUCAGCCAGGUGCUCAACAAGUCCUUAGCUGAACAGCGGCAGCAUGAGGAGGCCAAGAAAGGAGCACUGAAGAGAGUCGAACAAGCCAGAGAAAACACAGACAAGAUGACAAACGGUGAUGUAAGCCCCGAGGAGAAGAAGCAGGAAACGGAAAGGGAGAAGCCUGCGGACGACAGUUCAACAGGAGAAAAUCACAGUGCCCCAAAAACCCAGGAGGAAUCCACCUGAGUAUUCAGAUGGCCUGAGGAGAAGAAGAGAGACUUGCUGCUGUAUUCACAUAGACUUUGCCCGAGCUGGGCUCAGCCACUGGGAUCUGACGUCCAGCUCCUUUUGAUGACUGAUAAUGACGAGUUGUUUCAAGUUGACUGUUUCUUUCAGUGUUGCUGCUCAAAGGUUUCAGUAGAUCAAACCCACUUUGAUUCACAAGACCAGGACUGACUGCAAAGUGUAUUUUAUUUUUUACUAUAUUUUGUGUAACGCUAUCCUUUACAGACCUUGUUCAACACACAUCGCCACAUCUGUUAAGUCUGAAUAAUGAUCUUUUGGAUCUGCGGCACUGUGAUCUUAAUGUGCAUGCUCGCAAAUGCUGCGUUUCCACUACGUAGAACGGGCUUGACUUGACUCGGGUAUCAGGUCCUAUUCCUGGAGACCAUUUCCAUUACAGGAUACUGCCGACUUUAGAGUACCUGGACGUCAUAGCAAUCUGGCGCGUUACUUCCGUGUUGUAGCUCAGAGAGUUGCUGAUAAACUCGCUUGUUAGAUGUUGCUCCGUCAAGCUCAUGCUGAAUUUUUACAUCUGAAUCUCCUCCAUAGUGUAGUUUUCGGGCUGUCAUCACGUGGAUUAACCUACCGCUAUAUUUACUGUAAACUUCUGCAUCUGUUUUUUUGUAAAACGGCAGGUCACAUAGACAACUCUCUGACCAAUCAGUGGUCUGCAGUGUUUAUACGUCACAUUUUAGUAUCUGGU